AUCGCGAGAGUUCCACCGGGUACUCAUUUAGACACGACCACUGUCUCCUUGGUGUCCUGGCAGCAUUUGUAUUUUUACUAACUUGCUGUCUUGUCUGUCUGUGUUUGGAGACCACAGACACCUCGAUUCAAACGUGUCCUCGGAUCAUCUUGUGUCUCAACAUUAGAUUUCCACAUUGAAAGAAGUCAUGUUUCGACGAAGAAUACCCUUCACACAGAUUGCCUUUGCCACCAUUCUGGGAGUCGGUGGUGGCAUUUAUAUCUACAAACCCUGUUUUGAGCCAGAGCUGAAGACCUCAGGACAGAAAAACCAGGAUGUGCCAAAGAAACAGAAUGAAACUGAAGGAAAUAGUUCAUCACUCUGAGAAAAUACUUCACAGGCAGAAGCCAGAAGAACCACAUUAGAGGCUGGUGGACUGACAAGACCAGCAUGGAUAAAUUAAUUUGUUUUUUGGGUGCUUUGUGUGAUUGUAAAUGUACAGAAUAAAAUAUUUAAUAAUUUGA